CAGGCACCGUCAAACGCAGGACGUUUCCCAUUCGGAUCGUAUCGCUUUUUUGUCUUGAAGGUUGAAAAGGGGGGAGCAGGGCGCGCGCCCCGGGGCGGAGGAGCCAACAGUCAUGCCGGCCGGCUUUCAGCAACUCGGAGGAGAGACGGUGACUGGAAGCCUCGCCCUAUCCGUCUUCACCGCCGUCCUGGGAUCGCUGGAGUUUGGCUACAACAUCGGCGUCAUUAAUGCCCCUCAGAAGAUUAUCGAGCGGGACUACAAUGCCACGUGGGUGCACAGGUACGGGCAGGCCAUCCCUACGGGGACGCUCACGUCACUCUGGUCCUUGUCGGUGGCCAUUUUCUCCAUCGGAGGAAUGUUGUCUUCCUUCUGCGUGGGCUUCGUUUCCGAGUGGCUGGGCAGGAGAAAAGCCAUGCUAAUCAAUAACCUGCUAGCGUUCCUGGGCGGGAGCCUGAUGGGUCUUUCCAAGCUGUGCCGCUCCUUCGAGAUGCUGAUCCUCGGCCGAUUCGUCAUCGGCGCCUACUGCGGGCUGGCAUCCGGUUUGACCCCAAUGUACGUGGGGGAGAUCGCUCCGACAGGUUUGCGGGGCGCUUUAGGGACGCUGCACCAGAUGGCCAUCGUGACGGGAAUCCUCCUGGCGCAGGUUCUGGGCCUGGAGCAGCUACUGGGAAGUGAGGAGUUGUGGCCAGUCCUACUAGGCCUGACAGUGCUCCCCACAGUCCUCCAGAUGGCGCUGCUGCCUUUCUGCCCGGAGAGUCCACGGUUCCUCUACAUCGUCCGGUGUCAGGAGCACCACGCCAAAAGAGGCUUGAGGAGGUUGACGGGCCGGCAAGAUGUAGACGACCUCCUGGAGGAGAUGAAGGAGGAGAAGCGAAGGAUGGACAUGGAGCGUAAGGUGUCCAUCCCGGAGCUGUUUCGCUCCCCCCUGCACCGGCAGCCCAUGGUCAUUUCCAUCUUGCUGCAGUUGUCGCAGCAGCUCUCCGGGAUCAACGCGAUUUUCUACUACUCCACCAGCAUCUUCACCAAAGCCGGAAUCCAGAGUCCCGUUUAUGCCACGAUUGGAGCCGGAAUAGUAAACUGCGCUUUCACCGUGGUUUCGCUCUUCCUGGUUGAACGGAUGGGUCGGCGGACUCUCCACAUGCUAGGACUGGGCGGCAUGUGCGUCUGCGCCGUGGUCAUGACUGUAGCACUCAGCUUACUGGAAACCGUUCGCGCCAUGAGCUACGUUAGCAUGCUAGCCAUCUUCGGCUUCGUGGCCUUCUUCGAGGUGGGCCCCGGUCCCAUUCCUUGGUUUUUCGUGGCCGAGCUCUUCUCGCAGGGUCCCAGGCCUGCCGCCAUGGCCGUGGCGGGCUGCUCCAACUGGACCGCCAACUUCAUCGUCGGCAUGUGCUUCCAGUACAUCGCCGAUCUUUGCGGCCCGUACGUCUUCUUGAUCUUCGCCACCCUGCUCCUGUUCUUCCUCGUCUACACGUUCUUCCGCGUGCCCGAGACGCGCGGCAAAACCUUCGACCAGAUCUCGGCCAACUUUCACCGCAGGUUGCCCGACGCCAUGAUGGACAUGGACAUGGAACUCAACAAAACCAGCACCGAACUGGACUACUUAGGGGACGAAGAACUGAACUGAAAACAUACCGAAGAGUUUUGUGUGUCGUUGAUUUAACUCGUUUUUGAUUUAACUUAAUACGUUGGAAUUUCUGCACUUUAACACUUAGUUUUGUCAAGUGUAGCGAACGUUGAAAAAGUUCCAUUUUCUCUGUGAAGGGCUUGUUCUUCGACGGCUAUAGACGUCCAAUUUUGACUCGUUUGAGCGGCAGCACACGAGUAGCCGUCAGGACCGACUUGCCCAAAGUUAUUUUUCCAGAACAAAACAUUGUUACAUUACAUUUAAAACUCAUACCCCCAGUCAAAAUGGAUUGGACGUCUUGCACCGUAAAAAUGGAUACCUCGUGUAAAUGUUACAAUCAUUUAAGAGUGACGUUUGUGUUGUAAAUAAAAAUUAAAAAAGGACAGAAUUCUUCCAAUUGCAAACAGUUUUAUUGUCAUUGACUUAACAUUGCACAUAACGUCCUCUGAACCAACAAAAAAAAAAAAAAAAUAUUUGCAAGUAAAACAAAGUCUUUACAGGAUUAGUCCCCCCUCAACUGAGGAUAACAAUUUGUUUUGUUUUGUUUGUUUGUUUUAAGAGUUGUCAGCUAAAUCCCGCCCCCGUAAAUGCACCACAAAAUUAAAACAAAUAAAAAUCAAGGCUAGUUCCUGUAGUAACUACUUGAUACAACAAUCCAUUUUUUUUUUUUUUUUUCAACAAGUAGAGAAUUGGAACCAGCAUCCAUUUCACUUUUUUAGAGCCCCUAACUCGGCCCCCCUAAAUAGAGGUGGGGGCAGGGGCUAAGGUAGUCUGAGGGGUGGCACGGGUUCAGGCGGGAACGAACAGAGAGGAGACGUGCAUUGUCAAACGUAGCUAGUCCUUCAACCCGUGGACCUUUUAAGAAAAAAAACAAAAUACCCCUAUUUGGUGUGACUAACUUGAAAUCCAUUUGAACUGGGUUAGAGUUCAUUUUAGAAAAAACAAAGCUGCUAGAACAGUAGGAAAAUCCGUUUCAGUGUCGCACCUGUUGGAGGGUCCCAAAACCGUCCGGUCGGAAGAGUCACUCCGUCGGUGCGGGGAGGCUUGUGUCGAGAGUCUGCGGAAAGCCAAAAGUGUUUCACUCUUGCUAAUAGAGGUGUGGUAAAACAUUGCAAUAAUUUAUAUAUGGCGGAAAACUCCGACAAGGCUGAAAAAGGAGUUAAAAUAAACUUUUUUUAAGCCAAAACAACUGCUGUGUUUGAUGGAACAAUAUGUCUAGUAUAUGCAUAGCAGAUUCAUGGUGCAUUAAGCACCCGAACCAUUUUUAAUUUAUCCGUUUUACUAGAGCUGGGAAUCUUUGGGCACCUUACGAUUCAGAGACUCCGAUUCGAUUAUAAAACGAUUAUUAUAUGAUAUCCUUUUUUUUUUUUUUUUUUUUUUUUUUUUAAGUGUUUUGUACAUUUGUUCCAAAAUUGUUACAAAAAUCCUCUCAGGCUAAAUCAAACUACUAUUUCAGUUUCAAGUUAACAUAUAACAGUAAAAUAUACGAAAAUAACAGUAAAUAAAAAAAACUCCAGUCCCCCUUCUGUAUCAGCAGCUUUAAACUACAUUCAAUUAAUUUAAUGUUGUGAAUCAACUGUUACAGUUGUUAACCCUUUAGCACCUAAGCCCAUUUUGGCCGAAUUUGCAUGCAUUUGAUGUUGCCUUUAUAUUUCAAAGAAAAAAUUGUUCACAAUGGCCAAGUUGGGUCCCUUUCGGGACACCUUGAACUUCAUGUCCAAACUGUUGUUUUCUUCACUGACCAAUUAUAAUCCACAUUUUGGACCCAAAAAGACAAAAAAAAAAUCCAAAAUAUUUUUUCAAAAUUUGUAAUGUUGGCGUCCCAUUGACAACCAAACAUGCUUGAACAACCGUUUUGAAGCUUGAUAAUAUUUAUUCAACUUGUUAGGAUAAACAUUCAAUAGAAAAAAAUAAGAUUGUGUUGAAUAGUCAAACAUAAAACUAUUCAAACAGCGGGUAUGGUCAUAGGCGUUUUUAGCCUUUACACAUACUAUGGUCAAUACAGGUUAUAUACAGUGCAAAAUAGUGAGAAAAAAAUAUAUAUAUAUAUCAUCUAACCAGUGUUGUUAAUCUUACUGAAAAAAAGUAAUUAAUUAUAGUUACAAAUUACUUCUCCCAAAAAGUAAUUGCGUUAGUAACUCAAUUACCUGAAUGUAAGAGUAAUUAGUUACUUGGCAAAGUAAUUGGUGAUAAUUACUUUUUUUUUUCCCCCUCAAAAAAAAAAAAAAAAAAACAUUGGCCACACUAUGUGAAGUUUUUUGUGAAGGUUUUUGGUACAAUUGGCCCGAGCCCAAUUCUUUACCCUAAUUUACCCUGAAUCAACUGUUAAAAGUUGUUAAAAUUGCUCCCAUUAUUGCAUUUGUUCCCUUCUCUCUACUUUCGACAUAUGAAAGUUUUAAAACUGUUUCAUCAUUUAAAGAUAGAUUCAAGUCAAGAUUUUGCCGAUUUAGAAGUAUUUUAGAUAAAAAGUUACUUAGGUUCGCUAGGAAGGUUCUCUACAACAGAGCCGUCCUAAAAAGUCUACUGCUUUAAGAUGGCGGCUGUCUACUAACGCAUUUAGUGCCAUGCAGUGUUGUUAAUUUUACUUUAAAAAAAGUAAUUAAUUACAGUUACAAAUUACUUCUCCCAAAAAGUAAUUGCGUUAGUAACUCAGUUACCUGAAUGUAAGAGUAAUUAGUUACUUGGCAAAGUAACUAGUGAUAUUUUUUUUUUCUCAAAAAAAAAAAAAAAAAAAAAAAAAAAAAAAAAAAAAAACAGGUCACACAAUGUGAAGCUUAAAGGGCUUGGGGGACAAUUGGCCCAAGCCCAAUUCUUUACCCUCCACUUAACUAGACACAAGGGUAUUGCGAUAACUAGCUAGCAACCUUUGCUAUGUGCGGAAGUCAUUUCAAGUUGUGAAUCAAUCGUUGAAGUUGUUAAAAUUUCUCCCGUUAUUGCAUUAGUUCCCUUCUGUCUACUUUAAACAUGUGUAAGUUUUAAAACUGUUUCAUCAUUUAAAGAUAGAUCUAAGUUAAGAUUUUGCCGAUUUAGGAGCAUUUUAGAUUUAAAAAAAUUACUUAGGUUCGCUAGGAAGGAUCUCUACAUCAGGGCCUUCCUGAGAGGUCUACUGCUUUAAGAUGGCGGCUGUUUACAAACGCAUGUAGUCCUUAAAACAUGUUGGCAAUGCAGCAGUGUCUGUCAUUUGCAUCUAGAUCUAUAAUAUGAUAUCUACCGUGUCAUGUGGGCGUAGUUUGUCGGCUAUGGCUGCAGUCAGGUAUUAUUGGAGCCAUCUAGCAUCGCGGUUGCAACGGCGUCUUCCCCACUCCUGCUCUGCUCUCGUCCCCGUGAGUCCGUUUCUCUCAGACUUUUUUUUUAUUCAACCAACUUAGUAACGCAUAGUAACGCAUGUUUUUCCCGCCUCAGUAACGGUAACGGCGUUGCCAAGAUGAGAAAAGUAAUUAAUUAGAUUACUCAUUACUGAAAAAAAUAACGCCGUUAGUAACGCCGUUAAAUUGUAACGCCGUUAUUAACAACACUGCAUCUAACACAAAAAGGGUUUAGAGGAUAUCUCUGUGAAGUUAGGUAUUAUACCCAUCACCUUAUCUAAAGUAUACGUACAUGCAAUCAAGCUUCUGGAACACACAUCUAUAUAAAAAUUGAAAAGAUUCAUAGUGAAGAAAAAAAAAGUAUUUUCAAAAAUAUUGACAAGUAGUUCAGUUCAAUUGAAUUUUUUCAGGCAUGCAACCAGAUAGUUUUUUUUUUGCGCACUCAAUAAAGUUCGUUUUUGAACCAUCCACUGAGCUGCGUCACAUACGUCACACAGCCUACUCUUCUGCCGUUUGAGCGCUGCUGUCACUUCUACUCGCCGAGACGCCGACUAAUCAGAGGAAAACAACGACAAAUACAGCUCUCAUCCUAUUCCUUGAGUUGAUGAAAAAAUGCAUUAGCUUGCGCUAAAAUUAGUUUUCGAUUCAUUCUGCACGUUUCAAAGUCGCAUGUCAAACCAACCGGCCGUUGCUUGCUUCGCAUGCCUCCCUUUCAUUAGUUGGCGCCUCGCUCGGAAAUUUAUUCAAAAUGAUCACAUUCCGUU